AUGCAGGUGAGCAAGCUCUUUGUUCAGGAGAUCGAUGCUGUUGCAAUAACGGUAGGCCCGGUGGUGCUGAGUUCGGACGCAGUUUCUUUUGUAAGCUGCAGGGUGGUUGCUUCCAUAGUUGAGGAUAAUCUCAGAAUUAGAGUCUUUCCUAUGGACGCAUGUUGCUAGGCUACCAUCGCUCAACUUCUGUAUCCUCACGUCCGGAAACGGCAAGCUGUCUCCAAUUGCCUCUUCGCGGGUAAACUGCUUGGCCGGGAAGACGUCAGUAAAUCUGUAAUGAAAAUUACAACUUGCAGCCUAGUUUACGAAGUACCGACCGAAAUUCCGAGAAAUUCUUUCGGUUGGAAGCAUCAGUUAGAUAGGAUUGUAAUUUUAAUUAUUGUACAGCAUAAUUCCCAUUAUAAACUAGCCUCAGGCGUAUGACUUUUUAAAUGCAUAUCUAUCCAAACGUCUGCAAAGAUCACACCCAAUAAAAAUGUCGCCUUUAUUACCAUGCAUUUUUUAUUGAUUUCCGAUGUCCUUAAAAAUUAAUGCAAUAUUUUAUAUGAGGCAUGCGUAAAAUGUCUUUUCUAGUGCAGGAAAUUGCACCGUCGUAAAGUUUCUAUCCGAAGAAGGGGAAUAAUCAUGUUUUAAAAAUGUCUGUUUAUGAAAUAUUUAGGGUCGCAAAGUGGCUGUUAAAAUGCUUCAUAGCUGACCGUUCGUUAAUGCCUCUCAUAAAGUAUGUGAUGUGUUCCUCAUCCGCCACGAAAUUUGGCGAGCCCCAUAAUGGAUUUUCUAAAUAACAGAAAAUCUUUCCCUAAACUGAACGUGUCUAGCUUGUGAUUUGAGAACCCCGAGCGUAAGUGUAGGAGAAGGUCUUAUUCAAAAUUAAAAGGAAAAAUUUCUAACAACUGUAAGACAAUAAUUCUUCAAGUGAAAGAUUUUAAGAACUUAUAAUUUUCUACAAUCGGAGUGCGAGGAAGGACGUUCGAUGUAUGCUUUCUACCAGCCACGCUCGGAUUCGGAAGAGCCUCGAAAAUUAGAGAAAGAACUCUUGUCAAAUAGGUAGUAAUUUCUGCUAAAUAUGAUUUUUGCAGGCAUUCAGAAGGCCGUAUAUCCAAAAGCUGAUAUCCUAACUUGGCUUGGCCAUACUAGAAUUAUGCUACGUAGUAAGCAGAAGUUUAAUGCCACCCAUGUAAUCCGAACUCACGUUUCGAAACUCCGAUUACUGUUUCAUAAGAUUCAGCAUCUAUUAUACACUUGGAAAACAAUAAAUACCAGAAAGUUGUAAAUGUUCAUCAAGUUUCAAUGUCUGUGCAAAGCAAAAAGUAAGUUAGUAAACCAACGUAUAAAUAUAACAUUUUUUGCCUGUAUUGUAAACAACUAUGCCUUUAAAUUAAAAAAUUGAAAUUAUGGGAUAUUUUAAUCCUCUAAUUUCCGUUCUGGCACGUGUGCGCACUUCUUGCUCUAAUUCAAUAACUCAAUAUUGCUAGGGCUGUAAGCCUCUUCACACAAACUCUCCCAUUUGAGGCCAGUCAAAAAACGUCUACUGAUUUAUUAUGCGUUUCGGCACAUAUGCAUCAUCAGCGAGAUCGGUUUCAACUCCACCAUUUUGCUUUCUUCCCUGGCGCUCUUCACGCAGUAUGUCCGUACACCGAAGGUGCCCAACGAGCAGCAGUUUAUGCGGCUCUUUUCCUCCAUAUGGCGUCUUUCACCUCCAACACUGGUGAUCAGUGUCCACGGGUCCUUUGCCACCCUGAAGAAACGCUUCUGCUCCACUCUCAAGAAGGGUCUUUGGAAGACGAUGGAGAGCGCUGGUGGGUGCCUUGAUCCUUUAUUUUUGUCCACUUUCUACCCCUUCCCCCGCCCAUUUACACUCUCUUGAAAUAUGACCUUAUGAGAAGUUAGUGUCGUCCUCUAGCGGCUGUACAGUAGACACCAAAUCUAAUUAAGGCAGCAUGUAGAUGCCUUCAUGCUCAGGUCUCGUAGCCGACGCUUUCAGGAUAUUAAAGUAGUGAAUGGUUUCAAAGUGAACUACAGUGGACUGGUCAGCUGCUUAACCGAAAUAAAAUUUAUAUCAUAGAAACGGAACACGUAUAUUCCGCCAACUUUACUCCGCUAUGACGGGCUACCAUUCGGCUUACUUCGCUUACGAUGGGCCCAAGUCAUGUGGGCUACAUACAGUGAGUGACCGAUCUCAUGAAAUGUUGGCUGAAAUUCUGAAAUGCGUUUUCGACUAGGAAGGAUUACUUAGGCGUGGUUGUAAUACUGCUUACCUUGCGGCAUAAUCUUAUAAAAUUUCGGACUUGGCAGGAUGUCAGCAUUUGAAUACACUUCUUUUUAGUCUCCUGUAGAAAACAUGCUCGGUAAAAAAUGACUUCUUACGAAUCAUGCAUUUUUUCCAUUGAUUUUCGAUGGUCUUACAAAUUCAAAUAUAUUUAAUAGAAACCAUAAACAAUAAUAUGUUUUCUUUCAGUCGUUUGAUAGAGGAUCACGUCUUCUUAAUAUUUUAUACUCGAUGAAGGAGUAUAAUUAGGUUUCAAAAAAGUUUUAUAAUUCCCCAGAUAUUUGGAGCCUGAUCGGUCGUUGUAUUGGCGCUUAGUGAUUUCAGUCUGCAAGGUGCAUGCGUUCCACGUAAAGAAAAUCACAUAUUCUUUUGUGCCAUUAAAACGAUAUCAUACAGAGUCCAUAAAAUUUCGCUAUGGAUGCGGACUAUGUCCUAAAUUCCAUUAUGAGCAGUGGUAAACGUCCAGGUACGAUGCUCAAUGAAUGGAAUUGCGCGGUCUUAAAAAAUCUCAUAAUUGGAAACUUUCUAAAACCUAACUAUACUCCUUCUUCGAGUAUAAAAUAUUAAGAAGACGUGAUCCUCUAUCAAACGACUGAAAGAAAACAUAUUAUUGUUUAUGGUUUCUAUUAAAUAUAUUUGAAUUUGUAAGACCAUCGAAAAUCAAUGGAAAAAAUGCAUGAUUCGUAAGAAGUCAUUUUUUACCGAGCAUGUUUUCUACAGGAGACUAAAAAGAAGUGUAUUCAAAUGCUGACAUCCUGCCAAGUCCGAAAUUUUAUAAGAUUAUGCCGCAAGGUAAGCAGUAUUACAACCACGCCUAAGUAAUCCUUCCUAGUCGAAAACGCAUUUCAGAAUUUCAGCCAACAUUUCAUGAGAUCGGUCACUCACUGUAGGUCUUUGGCAGGCGUGACACUUCACCUGUUCAGAAGAACAGGCCCGUAAGAGUCUGGUGGUGGUAGUGGUGGUCUCAGGUCUCCCGGCGGGCUAGUUUGACGACUUAGGGUGGCAAAAAACAAGGUUGGUUUAUCUGGCGGUUGGGACAUAAUUAAUGACUUGCUGAUUGACCCGACUUAACGUAGAUUGGUCUGGUCGCCACCCCACAAGACUCGCCUGCACACAAUCUACAUGCAUGUUUAACACUAGUUUGUAUUCAGCCGGGAGUCUAAAAUGCAGACUGGUCUCUAAAAGCCACAAAACAGACUUAAAAGUGCAAGUUAUGGGAUCUAUUGGCGAAAACAGCUUUCACGGUGACCAUGUUAAGAUAAGGCAUUGUAAACAGACUCUUCGUCAGGAAGAUGAAUUACGAUAGACGUGCUACCUCAUUAAAAGUUAGCCGAAACUUUGAAAUAAGUUUUCGAUUCGAUGGAAGUACUUAAGCAAGCCUUAGUGUUGUUUUCGUGCGACAUAAUCUUAGGGUGUUUCAGUCAUACCAGGCUGCCGGCCUUCGAAUAAGCUUUUUCGAACGUCUUCAAAAACUACGCCCUGCAUAAAUGACUACUUAAGUGGCAUGCAUUUAAGGAUUUCCUUUUGAUUUUCUUAUAAAUUCAAAUACAAUAUGUAAUAAACAACCAUGAAAACUUCUUUAUUGCAUAUAUUUGGUAACAAAUUACGUCCUCUUUAAAUUUUCUACGUGUAAAGAGAGUAUCUUUUGGUUUAAAGAAGUAACUGAUCAUGAGAUUUUAAGACUGUGAAAUGCCCAUUCAUAAAAUCUCGCAUCAGCCCACUUAUUAAUGUUACUUAUUAAGUAUAUAAUCUGGUCCACAUCACUUACACAAUUUUAUCAGUUCUAUAGGACAUCUUCUUAACAUUAUAGAGAAAUGUGUGAUAUUCCCUUGACAGGAUAUACAUAGCAUAGGAACUCUGAAUGCAGGUAUAGGGGUACAAUAGGCGAAAAGUUAUUCGAAAAUUGAAAAGUUUUCUUUAAACCUAAAGUUGUUCUCUCUUUAAGAAGAAAGUUUUGAGAAGACGUAAGUUGUCACCAGAUGAGUGCAAGAAACAAUUUUCGUGCAUUUUUUCGUAUAUAAUGUAUUGGAAUUUACAAAGACAUCGGAAAUCAGUGGGGAAAUGGAUUCCACUUAAGUUAUCAUUUUACAAAGUCUGGUUUUUGCAUACGAUUGAAUUCAAGCUCAUUUAAAACCGGCAUCCUGAUGUGACUGAAGUAUUUUAGGAUAAUGUUGCAUGAUAAUUAACAUUAUAAGCCUACCUAAGUAAUCUUUUCAAAUCACAAACAUACUUCGACAUUUCAUGAAAUAGCACAUCUGCUGCAGUUAUUCUCUCAAUUGGCAGUACGGGGAAAGUUUUAAGAGUCUUCAGUGUGACUUGGUGAUACUCCAAAGCCCGAGUUCCCAGUUUUGUUAUCCACAAGUAGCAAAUCAAACCUAAAGUGAUUUUAGAAUCAUUCGGGAUCAGUAUCCGACGUGAUGUGAAGCUUCUGUCUCCCAAGCCUGCCACACGCAUGCUGAUUGUUAUAGGUAAACGAACCGAUAUCAUUACACUUAGACCUUGCCUAGGUGAGAGACGGAUCAGAGAGAAACCGGGUUUUCUCGACAAUCGGUGUUCUACCAAGCUACGACCUUAAGUGCUUCGUGAUGGUCCAAAUGUAUUUUGGAUUUGUUAGAUUAAAGAAACCUAUAAAUCGACUGGAAUUUGGAUUGAUGUUACUUGCCCCGUCUCCCCAUCAUGCAUCGGUGGCAACUCCCGGUCAAAUGGUACCCAAGCGUUACCUGGGCGGGAUUUUGUCCAUAAUGAAUCAUAACUGCAGGGCCUCCGCCUCACUGUCCUCAUCAUCAUCCACCGCCUCAUGAAGGUAUGACAGGACACGGACUACUGGAGGGGGCUGGCGCAAUUACAGACAUAGUCAAACAGCCCAUCUACACGGGCCACACACGACCCACGCUAAGCCCACUCGCACAUUGGGCUUCGGUAAGUUGGUCCCGAAUCCCCGUAAGUGAGAGGGCCGUAACGGCAACGUUAAAAUGCCGUCGUUGCAGCCGCACCCGCACCCGAGUCAUCCUGCCAGUUUACAAACUUCGAAGCUGCGACUGAUAGCGCCCAAAUUUAUUCUACUGGUCUCAAAUUCCACGUAAGUGAGUGCGCCGUAACGGCAACGUUAGGGGGGCGGUCAUCGCAGCCGGUUUCUUGGUCCUACGUAGAAUCGACUUACCCUGCCAGUUGACACACUCCCAAGCCGCGACAGAUAGCCCACUGCGACAGGUUCAAGCACGCAAAUUUAUCCUAGUGAGGAGUGCUCUGAUGUGCCGUGAGGAUGGGUUCGCCAGUGUUAGUCCCACCCUCACCUUUUCAGUAGACAAGCAAUGAAAUUGGGCCCAGCAGCCGUCUAAUGCAUGCCACAGACAAGUCAGAAUCUUGCAGAAGUUGAAUUAGCACAAUGGCCACACUACGAAGGAGCUACUGAAGUUUGGUCUUCAGCCAGGAGGCAAACCGGGUUGUCCUAUCAGGUGGCAGCCUUCCCGGCGCCACCUGGCGCCUUAAAGUGCCCCAUAUCUGUUGUCUUGAGGAAACAAUGGGCUGGGUGGAUCUCGCUUCCGCCUCUUGGUCUCUCCAUCCAUAGUCUUCCGGUGUCGAGCCAAAGUUCAUUUGGUUGGAGAUGAGAUGAGAUGCGGCGACUCAUGUGGUAUUGGGUACGAUAUACUUGUUUGAUUCAUUACCCCUUGUUUUUGUCCGAAACAACACUUUUGCUAGUUGCGGUGCCCGGAAACUGUGUACUCUCACACACCAAAUAGAUGCAGAACACGAAUGAAGGCUAAAUUCGAGUUCCAAGUGCAUGUCUAAGUGAAGACGAAGAGGGGUCGAGCACCAGAACAUUUUGUUUAUUGUCCUGAGCUGUGUGAUGACGCUCUUUAAACGGAUGCAAACUCACUGAGCAAACUGGAGGGCAGAGCACGUGAGGCCCGUUAUCUCCGCGACCAGUUUGUGCAAAAUGGCUUUUUGAGGGCAUUCAUAAGUCCCUGCCUACGCGGUCGCCCCCAAAGAACUCGAACAUCAACACCACCAACGAUAUGACAUUCUCUGCCAUGCAUCAAGGGUCUUUCAGAAGCAACCGAGCGCAUUGCUGUGGAGCUAGGUGUUGGAAUUGCACACCACCCCAAAGCCACCAUGCGCAAUAGGGUCAUGAAAAUUAAAGACCGGUUGAGGCCUGAGGAGCGAUCUGGAGUAGUGUAUCGCAUUUCGUGUCAAAACUGCACUUGUAACUACACAGGCCGGACUGGACGCAUGCUCGGAUCGCGCAUACACUAACAUAAGCUGCCUGUGCGACGAGGCGACGCACUAUCACAAGUGGCCGCCCACACCUACGAAAUGGGUCAUGAGUCUAACUUCGCAGCCGCCAAGACAAUCGUCCCCGUCGGAAACAAAACAGGCGGAGAAUUGAUUGGAGCCUAGGCCUCGGAUGAGAACUCAGUCAAUCGAUUUAUCGAUUUGGCGCCUGUGUACAGAGCCCUGCGUAGUCGCCUCCAGUCUUGCGCCGUCGGUCGAUGAUUGGCCUACAUGCCUUAUAACUGUCGCUUGUUCUGUUGCUGUUACUACCUCUGAUGAUGGACCUCUGUACGAGUCUGAAAGCUCAGGACAAUAAACGAAGUGUUCCGGUGCUCGACUCCUCUUCUUCUUCUUUACAUAUGUAGAACGUACUUUGGUUUAUUAUUCAUAUAAAACCUUCAGUACUUUUAUUUGUCUGCCAUUUGUUACAGGAUGUGGGCUUGUAAACCUGAGUUUACCAAGGACUGAUGCGAUCUUUACCCGUAGCGAUUGUGCGACCGAAGAAAAAAAUGUUAGUUGCCUGGAGCUUGAGUCUACCUGGCGUCUGCUAUUCUCUUAGGACAGCCUUUUGAUCCUCGACUUCGGCCAUGAAGCAGCAUUGUAGAAAAUGUAAUUUUAAAUUUGGCAGAUGUUCCCAGUUACUACUUCUUGCCGAAUUCCUAGAGUCUUUCGGCAAACAAUGAUCCUCUACGUUAUUCAAGAGGAUUGUGAUGAAAUGGUGUCCGGUAGGCCAGAUGACGAGGACGGAAUUUUACCAGAUGUCGAGCUUAAGAGGGAGCCAUUCCAUUCCAAUCCCAGUGGACGCCUAACCCUUACCAGUGGUGCAAAGGCCACACCGAGCUGUUUGGUCGUGACAGUGGAUCCGGCGGUGUUCUUACAGACCUGCCAUCGCAUCCGCUCUCAUCUUCAUUAUUCCUGAUUAGGUUUUGCCACUGAAAUACAAGGGGCAUAAAGUCAGUGACCAAUCUCAUAGACUGUAAACCAGGGUUAACAAAUGCUUCCUCAAUUAGGAAGGAUUACUUAGAUGGGAUUGUAGUAACGUAAUCUCAUGACAUUUCACGCAUGCCAAGAUGCUAGUUUUCGACCGUGCCUCAUUCCUGCCGCCUGAAAAACCGCGCUCGGUAAGAAAUGACUAAAUGUGCAGCAUGCUUUUUUUCUGUCUAUUUCCGACGCAAAUUGAAACGCUUACUUAGAUUAAAAUGCGUCUAAACGCGUUGUAAGAGACCUGAGGAAGCACCAAAUAGAAGUGGCGCACAAGCCGACGACUUCGCUGCGCAAUCGGCCUAUACACCCUAAGGAUAGGGUUGUCUACUUGGGUAAAAAAGAAAUAGUUUAUAAGAUUCCAUGCGGCGCUUGUAAUGCAGUAUAUUUUUGGUCAAACCGGGAAAUCCGCCUUCACACGCCUACAUGAACACCAGUUGGCAGUAAAGAGGAAGGAUCUAUUAUCCCAAGUCACCAAGCAUACUUUAGAAACUGGACAUAAAUUUGCUUGAGAUAAAACGUGCAUUGUCGGUUCCUUUCCAUAUAAGAAAGGCCGAGAAUUUCUAAAGGCCACUGACUCUGAUGAUUCACGCAUUGAUCUUGACGCCACAAAUCUCAAAGAAAAAUGAAAAAGGUGAUACCCAAUCAAAAGGUGACGUCAGCCCAGAGCAUCGACCCCAUUCUCAGCACCAAAAAAGCAAUAUCGAUUUUUCGGACAUGUCCAAAUUUUAACUGCUUUCUACACUUUUUACACGUCUGACGACGACCUGGGGGACCAGCGGCGAAAAAUUAACAAACUAAAGCUUGCUCUCAUCCCCAUAGGUCUCAUUUUUAUUUGAAAUACAUAAAUAAAUGCGAAUAUAGCCCGUAGAUAAACGAACAAAUAUAUCCUUCCUUGCAUUCAUUUGGUAGCACGUCACGUCUUCUCUAAAUUUCAUACUAAAAGAAAAGGUGUCUUUUGGUUUCAAAAAGCGUUUUUCCAUUCCCGAAUAAUUUUAAGGCUUUAUCGGCCGUCCCAUCUGGGUUCAAGUUUUACAGUCUCCAAGCUGCAUACUUUCCGUGUAAGAAAAAUAUGCAUUCCCUUAAGCCAUUUAGCUUAUACCAAAUGGGGUUCAUAAAAACAGCAACUUAUAUGGACCAUGUUGCAUACUGAAUGAAGAGCUUAAUUAAACAGACAGAUACGAUGUUGAUUUAAACGGACAUUUUACAGUCUAAAAAAUCCUAUAACCAGUAAACUUUCUGAAAACCGAAAGAGGCCUUUUCUUUUAGCAUAAACUUUGAAGAAGACUUGAUUUUGUACUAAAUGAAUUCAAGGAAGAAUAUUUCUGGGCACUUCUUCUUCAAAAUAUAUUUGGGUUUGUAUGGGCAUCGGAAAUCGACAGAAAAACGGCAUCAUAUUUAUGUAGCCAUUUUUUGUCGAGUACGGCUCGUUAGAUAACCGUACAGAAAUGUAUUUAAAAGCCAACAUCUUGUCAUGUCCGGAAUAUCAUGGGAUUAUGCCGAAGGCAAAUCAGUAUUGCAGUCUCGCUCACACAAUCCUUUCUAACAGCAAACAACUUUCAGGAUCUCAAUAAACAUUUCCUGAAAUCGGUUACUGACUGUAGGCGAGGGGGUGAGGUUGGCGCGGCGCAAGCCUCCCACAUUUGCAUAUAGGUUAACCCCGAUCCCCCAAAAUAGUAGUACUUAAAAUCUUGUUAAGUAUGAAAGAUUGCACAAAAAUUCGUUAGGUUCUCCUUGCUGUUAUGCUAAAAUAUCUUGCAUUUAAGCAUUACAUUCUAAACUUUUCUGGGUGCGUUUGCGACAAAAUUCAGCAGAAUUGUCUAUUUUUGCAGCCUGCUGGGUCAUCGGCGACGGUUUGGAUCGGGGUAUCGGAAAGAUCGCCGGGGAGGCUGUGAAUGAAUACAUCGAGGCCUACGGCGGCGACCGCAUUUUGGCCGUCAGCGUCACCCCCAUGAGCGUUCUCAAGCAUCGAAACCUCUUCAACACUCGAAUGGUGAGUUAUCGCGGUUAAAUUGGUGCAGUUUUUAGGUCACAAAUUAAUAAGGCAGCAGGCUCUGGUUAUUCUGACCAGUGCCCCGGCACAGAUGACUGACAACGGCUAGUAAGCCUGAAAAGGUCACUCCAGUCUCGCUUGUCUCUGUCAUUAAUCCCUUCCAGGCUGGCAUUUCUGGUGGCUAUGCGACUGCUUGUGAGGACUCUUGAUUGCUUCCCAAUGCGCAAUGAGACGUAUUCGAUGCGCGUCUCGGUAGCGGGAAUACCUGGGUGGUCGUGUCGCUCCAGAAGCAAAUCACCUACUCAUGUGGAUCCGCAGGGUUUCGAAACUCUCCAGAAUUCUGAUCCCGAGGACGUUCAUUGCGGUUUAAAAGGCACGAGGAAGCGAGUUCGUCGACAAACCCCACCGAAACAGUCGCCUCCAGGCCAACAGGAUUAUCCCCUGAACCGAAGAGCUGUUUGACAACAAAAAAACUGAACCGCUGUGGUUAUCCAGCGUAAUGAAUCAGUUAAUCAACUCUGCAAUAACGCGAGUGGUGCCAAUAUUCACGCCCACGUCGUUUCCAUUGAACAGCUGACUGACCACCACAUUUAAAACAGACAUAGACAGCAGAAUUUAUUGGAAACAGUAAAUUUCGCGACGGCUUCUCAACUGCAGCCUGUUGUUGCAUAACACAGAUAACAAGUGAGAAAGGUACAGAGGUUUGAAUUUCGACAGAGAAAAUCAAUGUAAAACAGCAAGGUCAACGUAUACAGCGCGUAGACGUAUCAAUAAAAUGGUAACUUCAAAAUGCAACAUAGGAAAGAAAAUGGGAAAGUAAACUUGCCGAGGAAUUUCGAAAAUCAAAAGAGGGCUCAGAUCUACCAGGGCAAGCGGAGGUUGAUCACGUGGUCUAACUGUUUACAUAGGUCGGGUUUCUCCCGCCAUAUGUAGGCUGCCUCCAGGUAACGCAAUAACCGAGUAGUUCGUGCUGGGACUAAUACUAGAAAAGAUGUUUUGGGGUCAACCGAAUGGCCACUAUCAAGGAGAUGUUUUGUAAUAGAAGACCGUGGAAUCUUAUUCUCCUGUUUUAGAAGCCAUUUAGGCAGGUGCUAAACUGCCCUGGAUGCCAGUUGCCCUUGCGUUUGCCCAAUCUACUUGCAUCCACAAGCGGCAAUUGAGAUGCGCUAUUGAAAGAACUUACAACCCAGCUGAACUCAUAUUCUGCAGCCCUAAUAAGGCUAUCGAAGUUCCACGGGCGAAGGAUGCCUUGCCAUUGCACGCCACGUCAAAUUGUGUUUGCGAAUUUACGUGCACUUGUGGAUGCAAGUAGAUUGGGCAAACGCAAGGGCGACUGGCAUCCAGGGCAGUUUAGCACCUGCCUAAAUGGCUUCUAAAACAGGAGAAUAAGAUUCCACGGUCUUCUAUUACAAAACAUCUCCUUGAUAGUGGCCAUUCGGUUGACCCCAAAACGUCUUUUCUAGUAUUAGUUCCAGCACGAACUACUCGGUUAUUGCGUUACCUGGAGGCAGCCUACAUAUGGCGGGAGAAACCCGACCUAUGUAAACAGUUAGACCACGUGGUCAACCUCAGCUUGCCCUAGUAGACCUGAGCCCCCUUUUGAUUUUCGAAAUCCCUCGGCACGUUUACUUUCCCAUUUUCUUUCCUAUGUUGCAUUUUGAAGUUACCAUUUUAUUGAUAAGUCUACGCGCUGUAUACGUUGACCUUGCUGUUUUACAUUGAUUUUCUCUGUCGAAAUUUAAACCUCUGUACCUUUCUCACUUGUUAUCUGUGUUAUGCAACGACAGGCUGCAGUUGAGAAGCCGUCGCGAAAUUUACUGUUUCCAAUAAAUUCUGCUGUCUAUGUCUGCUUUAAAUUCAUUCCGGGGAAAUAUUGCUUCAUGAUGACCACAUUGUCAAGAAUACAUUUUACACGGGCUGACCAAGCUGUGGCCUGAGGUAAUUGAGCUAGGUCGAGGGACGUGUCUUGAUGGUCGUUUGUCCACAAGGCUGCCAGAUGGCAUUUCUAUGUGCGAAUAGUGGGGAGACGUAUCCCUGAGCUUACAGAUGCGCAAGCAUCUUGGGUUGAUCAGUGGUGACGCUCCCGUAGGGGCUAGGAGGUAGUGUAGUAUCUCAGUAAUAUAAAAUCGUCCGGGGAUGGCACAGCCCGCCGACGGUUUUAUAGGCUAAUGGUGGCAUGAAGGCGCAGCGAAACUUCCAGAACAAUGUGCAUGCUCUAGGGGCUCCAGACGAUUUAAUCCGACGGGGCGGGGUUUCAUUGGCGGCCAUAGAGUAAUUUUCCCAAGGCUCUAGUGGAUCAUAGCAUGCAUUUUGGGACAUGAGUUACUAAAAACAGAUGAUCUCCGUGUGUUCUCUCAACUUCUGUCACGUACAUCAUCAAAAAGAUGAAAAGGUACAAGGCGGAUCUUGGCUCCGCCGAAUGAAUAAUAAACAAUGAAAAGGGCGAUUUCGGGUGGUUCGGGGUAGACAUGCACCGGGGUCGACCUCCUUCAGGCUGAUGCUGCUGAAGUUGACCUCCUCCAGGUAAACGUCCUUCCCAUUACGAAGAUACUGCUCGAGAUUUCCCGAAUCUCCAGAAGUUAGAAGUUCGCCAUCCUGAAAAGUUUUCCAAGUUAUAAUGCAGCGAAACUAAUACAACAGAUAUAUUGCGCAACAUAGUAGAAUGAUCGGAGGCAUGAUGGGAUAUUUUAAGUGAGUAUUUACAUAAAUAUUCUCUUUCGGUUUAUUCCUCGAAAAAUUUCGUAGAACAAGUAAACGGCGGUAGGGGGCGCUCACCGAUAGUUCUUACGGAACUCAUUCGUUCCGUUAUGCCCUACGGGCUCUUUCUCCAGCCCAACCAGCAGCCGCACAGCGGCGCAUGAUAUAGGCGGAAUGCUAUUACCGACAAGGACAAGGGAGACUGGAAUGGUCAUUUCUGGUUUAUUAGUCGUCGUCAGCUAGUCAUACAAGACGAGUGAGUUCCGUAAAAACGAUCGGUGAGCGCCCAUCUAUUAUUGUACAUUCCAAUCGCAACCGACUGGACAACGAGCCCGUGACUCAGUGGUUAGAGGUGUGGGACUUCAAACUAACAGGCCGCGGGGUUGAUCUCCAGAUGUUCCUUCCUCCGAGUAUAAAAUUGGAAAAAGACGUAAUUUUUUACCGAAUGAGCAAAACAAUGAAUAUUUAAUGCAUGUUUUCCAUGGAAUAUAAUCAAAUGUUUAAGAGCAUCAAAAAUCAGUGCUGAAAAUGCAUGCUAUUUAAGUAAUUAUUUUUUGCAGAGUAUGGUUUCUGCAUGUAGCUGAAAAGAAGUUCGUUCGAAAGCCGGCAACCUGAGGUGACUGAAAUAUUACAGAUCUAUACUGCGUGAUGAUUAGUUUUACAAUCCUACUAUAUUAAUUUUUUCGAAACGAAAAUGCAUUUCGAAAUUUCCGUUGACAUUUCAUGGGUUAUCCCACCUACUGUAUGUCAAUUUUUGCUGUCUCGGGCUUGCGCAAAAAACUCUGUAACCAUUUACCUUUGCGUGUCACUAGUCGUUAAAAAUCCCUAGUAAUUUCCGUUUGCAGCAGUUGGUCCAGUACCCCAGUGAUGCAGAAGAAGAUGAGGAUGAGGAACAGGAGGAUCAGGAGCAGGUGCAGGAGCAGGGAGUCGAAGCAGGAGAACCUGAAUAUCACUCUUCUCAAGUCAGACCUCGCUCUCUGGGGGCCCAGAAUCUGCAACUUGACAAGAACUACAACUACCUGAUCCUGCUCGCCAGCAGUCCGGUCACGUCUCCUGAUUGGCAGUUCUAUCAAAACGACCUCAUGCGAACGCGAGUCACCUUGGAACGGACAAUUUCAGUCUGGAGGGCUGUAAGCACACAAUUACAAUUUGAAGAAUUAUUGCGGUUACGAUUGCUCUUGUGUUUCGAUUGUUUUGGAAGCGAAGCAGCUUUUUGUUACUGAUAAAUGGGCGCCAGAUUGGUAGUGACCUCAGCUCCGUGUUCUUCUGUCCGCAUUUGAGUGAAUCUCAAAUCCACCCUCUCUCCUCAUUGGCCGUUGUGCUGCAAAUAACUGAGUCCGUCUUCUUGGGAUUACAGGCAUGCUAAGUCGUUCGGUUAAUCAGCGCUCUUCUUUGCCAGAUCAGAUUUCAACCAGAUGAGAUCUUCAUCAAGUUGCACUUGAAGGUAUUCCAGUCAGCCCCAGGCACUGUGGCAGUGAGACAGGCUGAUCUAAAGUGGGUAAAAAAUGCUCGCUGGCGGCUUACGCUAAAGUACCGUGGGGGUUAGUGUUGGGGCAAGGAUUAGGGUUAAAUUCAAGAAAUGGGAAAAGACGCUCUCUAAAAUUUGACCCACAGCAGCACCCGCAGCAUGAGGGUUCUUGCACCCGUGUCCGGGAAAGUGUCUCGCAAAUAGUUUGGGUGGCUGAGGGACCCGACCAGCGCUCAGAAUAAGUUAACGUCCAAGGGGCUCUCCUUCAGUCUCCGAUUCACAGAUGGAUCACCAUUGAAAUUGUUUGAUGCAUUACCUGAAUCACCUAGAAGCAUCGAAUGACGCUUUCGAUUAAAAGAGGAAAUUUAUAAACUGCCUAUAGCUUGGUGUAUUUUUGUGAAGUCACGGUUAUUCUGUCAAGGAAACUGACUUUCAAGCGGUCUGCAAUGCAUGCAUUUAUUUUACAUGUGACUGCUUCCCGGCAACAAGUAAGUCAUUUCUCCAUGGUGUCAAGUCUCGGUUGACUUAGUGCUCAGCUGGAAGUUCGUGGAUGUAUCGUUUUUAGGAGGGGACAGUUUAGCUGCGUCUUUGCCAACAGAGAGUCAAGAGCACCCUGUAGCAUUAUCGCCAUCGUUAGUGGACAUAAGUGCUAGUGAGAAACUGCAUGGAAAUUUAAGCUAAGGCAGCCCACGCCAGAGACGCGGGUAUAUGAAACAGCUGUUCUAUGUUCACUAAAAAUAUGCCAUCCGGGCAAAUUCUUCUACAGUAGGUGACCUACGUCAUACAGUAUGCCUAAUAUGAUGAAAAGUACUUAGUCAGUCUAGAACCAGCCCAAGCGCAGCCACCAAACACCAAACUAAUGAUGGACGUUCUCCAGUUAGAUAAAAACACAAAAUAAGUACUUCAAGCAUUAUUUCGUUUAUUAGAAAUAACAAUUGUCUCAAGAAAAGCGCAAAUGCCGAAACGCGAUAAGUUGUGUCACGUGAAUAAACUCGAAUUUCGGAAGUACUCGGGGCUUUUCCAGGCAACUGACGGAUUAAGCUAAAUGGCAUACAAGUAGUAGCGUUUGAAAAAAACUGCUCUUACCUCCAUUUUCGGUGAAUAUCCUCCAAGUUUUAGUGUUCUCCGAAUCCUGCGUAAUGGUAGAGGGGCGCUCACCGAUCGUUUUUCCACGGAACUCACUCGUUCCGUUGUGUCUUUGGGCUUUCUCUCUCUCGCGCUCGAGUCCAACCAGCAGCCGCACAGGGGCACAUGAUAUAUAGGCAGAAUUCUAUUGCCGACAAAGACAAGGGAGACUGGAAUGGCCAUUUCUGGCUUAUUAGCCGUCGUCAGCCAGCCAUACCCAAGCCCGAAGUGUGGAACACCCGAGCCUCGAACUCGCGACCUGUUAGUUAGAAGUCCACGCCACUAACCGCUGGGCCACGAGCCCGUUGCCCGCUGUGCUGCUGCUGGUUGGGCUUGGAGAGAGCCCGUAAGGCACAAAGGAAUGAAUGAGUUCCGUAAGAACGAUCGCUGAGCGCCCCCUAUCAUUAAAUUCUGCAUGUUCCGUCGCUUUUGCUCUUUUUAAAAUCUGCAGUCUGCAAAUACGUUAAAGAGGUUUCUAGAAUGGCGUAACCGACAGAGACAAGACAUUCUGCCUAUAUCAUGCGCCGCUGUGCGGAUGCUGGUGGGGUUCGAGAGAGAGCCCGUAAUGCACAACGGGACGAGUGAGUUCCAUAACACGACCGGUAAGCGUCCCUCUACCACUGUUCAUUCCCGAUCACAACCGACGGGACAACGAGCCCGUGGCUCAGUGGUUAGAGGCGUUGGGCUUCUAAUCAAGAGGUCGCGGGAUCGAGCCCCAGGUGUUCCACAACUCGGGAUUGGGUAUGACUGCCUGACGAAGGCUUAUAGGCCGGAAAUUGCCACUCCAGUCUUCCUCGUCUUUGUUGGUAAUUCCGUUCUGUCAAAUGUGUAAUGUCUGACCAUAUUUUUUAAAGUCAUGUUGCGAGGAAUCAACGUAAUUUUUUUACUCCUGCAUUUUUCAUGACUCUGAUGAUUAAGCAAAAGAGGGUUAGCUUGAUUUUUUUAAUGAAGACGUCACAGUAACAAAAGUUUCCAUAAGGUCACACGUUGACAGGACGGUCAGUUGAAACAAAAUUAGUACACGCAAUUACAAUCAUACCGUUUUGUUUGUACCAAGAGGACUUUUCUUUUGUAAAAUUAUCGCAUGACUUUUGGUGACGGUGGAGUCCUCUGAAAACGUCAGUGAGUAUGUUACGGUUUUCAGUGUUGUCGAUUGGCUGGACAAAAAGAUAGGAUCUAUAAAAAGUUUUUAUCAAAGCCUUCAAAAUAAGAUAUCCCUUGAAGUCAGCUACCACAGUAGUGUUCUUAAGCAUUGUAUUUUAUGGAGCGUCGUAUCUAAAAAUUCAUUUAAACACGAAACCUCAUUGUCAAACCGGACUGUAGACUUAAUCUUAACCCUCAGAUCCCUCCGAAUUUCCGAACGUCAAUCCUAAAUCCAGGUGCAGUCGUAACUUCUAACCCUAACCCACAGUUUAACCCUUAACCUUGUCCUAAGGCGCAGCCUCGAUCUUAGCCGUGAAGUUAACCCUGGGCUUCAGGUCUUACCCUAAUUGAGACCCCUAAACCCAAAACAGUCCCGCGCUAACUCCAAGUAUUAAUUCUAGCUAUGACUCUAAUGACAGCAGUUAGCUAAACCAAAUUCUGGCCGUAAUCGUGUACCUACCACUAACGAUAUUUGCUCGUUUACUCUCCUGUUGUAGGUUAAUCCACUAAAUUACUACCGUCCCAAAGUGCGACAGUUCGAUGUAGUCGAGUAGCAAGCAGAAGCGAUUGAGUGCUACUCAAUGAGAAAACCAUUCGCAGGGGAAGCUUGUAGGCGUAAAUGUUGACGGCAAGUGGGCAUACAGGCUGGGUGGGUCCCAGCGGACGGAUGUGCACAAGCACGAAAUCCCUGAGAACUGACCGCAUAGUCACACAUUACUCACUUUCCAGUUUCCUAUCGAGACCAGCCGAGGGGGGGGGGGAAGGGGAGGACUGUGCUAUGGGAAUUUCCGCUCCAUCGUUUUAGUAACCCUGACAUUGAAUUACGAGUAGAUGAAACAUUUGUGAGUAUGCCUCAGCACAACGCGGGCUGGCGGAAGCGGCAGAACUGGGUCGUUUGGAGGUACGUCAGCCUUCACCGGCGUGCCAGUCUACAACGGAUAAGUGACGAGACGCGGUUUUGCUGGUAGCUGUUAUUAAUAACGGGUCGGCCUGUCACGGCAGACAGAGCGUAGCCACUACGACCUUCAGGUUCGGUCCAGAAUAGAAUGAGGUGUUGAGCACCUGUUGAGAGGAUGCUGUAUUCUGUACAGAAAGAGUAGAUGACCGGUUGGAAUAAGUUGACCGUCGGAUGAGAGAACACGUCCGGUGUCAUAGAGCGGUGUUUCGAAUGAGUAGGGAAGGCGUCGCAGCGCCUUAAGCGAGAGCAAUAUCCAGUCGGCCUUGAAGAUAAUUGGCUGCUUCGGACAGCUGUGAUUGGUCGAGAGUCAGAAUGCUACUGGUGGUGCACACAUGCAAGUACUCGUGAGAGGCAGAGCAUUGCAGCAAGGGACCGGAGUAGGGCCAGUACAGUCCCUGGGAAUUCAUAGUUACGAAUUAAUGUAAGGCGAAUCGCCCCCCCCCCCCUCCCCUACACAGGUGCCUGUGAGCGCGUCUGGAUGAAGACCAGUAUCAUCUACGAUAAAAACUGAUCAUGUGACCUGUGUGUCGCGCACAGAAUACUUUGUAGAUCAUGUCGUCUAAGUCUACCCCGCUGAAGCCUUACACAGCUGCCUGAGGCGAAGCGGUCUUCCCAUAUCACACCAAAUAUUCAACGGACGCCUUUUUUGAAGAAUGAGACACGAUCGCUGGGACAAGAGCUUUAUUAGCCUGACGUUUAGGAUUCCUGUUCGAACCCAUCAUUAGAGACAAAGCAGAUACGGGUGGCUCAUGCACAAGGGGCUGCAAUAUUUAUAGGAUGCAGUCGUCAUGCUACCGCAUACCUAUGAAUGUUCACGGCUCCCCCCCCCCUCAUCAGAGAUCGUUGCACGUGGUGUGAUGACUGUUUGAAGGCCGACAUUUGCGUCGUUAAUUGCUGCAAUUUCAUCACGUGCGUUGGCUGCUGGUGUGCUGAUUGCUCGACCAUCGGACCCACCGACCCUGAUGUUGGGAACAGAGCUCACCUGUGCACUCCCCGAGUGGCCAAUUAUUCCGCCUAGCCGAAGUCUCAGUACUGAAUAUGGAGUGUAGAUGUCGUUGCACUUAUUGAUAGACUGGAGUCCCGUGAACCAUGGUUUAAGCAGCUCCCGACUCACGCGAUUGUCACCUCUUGCGUGAAUUUCGACCUCGUGGAAUUUAAAUGUGUAACCGAAUCUCGUCGAAUGAGCCGCAACUUGAGAGCUAGCGUAAUUUCCCUGCAUUGUUGCGGCGUGUUCGGCCAUUCGCGUUCGGAGCUGUCUUCCGGUUUCUCCGACGUAGUUGAUUUGUCCGCAACUGCACCAGAUCCGAUAAACGACUCAAGACGUUUCUUGUCGUGGCAGUGGGCCUUUUAGUUUCACUAACUGACGCCUGAUGGUUGCCUCCGGUCUGUGCGCAACUCCGACUCCGAAGCGUCAGGUUAAUAAAGCUCCUGUCCCAGCGAUCUUCUCUCCUUCUUCAAGACUGCUCUCUAGGAAUCAUCUCUUAUAGACUCCUUUUUGUUUAUAUUGGCAAAGUCAGACAAUAGCAUACUGUUUUCUAUAGGAAGGGCGACAGUAAUAGUCCUGUCAUCGAUAUUUUUGUCAUUCCAAUUACUGCCAUAAUAAGUGACUGGGCAGCUCUCAUGAACGCAUGAGAGUUUGAAUGACCGUUCACAAAGUGAACGACGUGUGCCGUGCCUGUAGUAUGGUGGUUAUGUUGUGCUUUUGCCGUCUGAACCUAAUCCUCACACGCGAGAUUACCGGAAGGAUGAAGUGGAAGCAGACUGCCAGUUAGCAAAAGCAACUACUUAAAUUAACAAAUGAUGAGAACCGAAUAUUCAACUUCACUGAGAAAAUAGAAUACAGGGGCUCCUGUAAUACGGGAGGGAUGUUCAUGUAAGUUUUAUCAGUAGGGCAGAUAGACGCGGUAAUCAAUGGAAUCUGUAAAAGACAUCGAGAAAACUCGCAUUCCUGUUACAUGUUUAUUUCAUCUACCCAAUGAGCUGCCGGAACAGGCUGCGCGUAAACGGGAGAAAAACGAUAGCCCAAGAAGACCAAAUUGAGCAAGAUGAUAUGCGACGAGCAAAAUUAAUCCUGACUUCCCUUCUAACCCCUACCUUUAACCUGGCCUUAACCCUGGCCCAUGCCUACUUAAAUGCCUACUUAAAUGCAAUAAGUAAGCGUGUUGUCGUAAUAAGAAAUAGGGGCUGGAUAUUCGAUCGUUGCCGAACGAAGUAGCCAAAAAAUCUCGAUAAUUUGUCCUUGGGUUUCUUAAAAUUGCAUCCCAAUGAGUCCUGUUAGAUUUAACCUGAUGAAUGUCCUAACCCCUAAACAACUUACAACUCGCCCUGUAAAGUUUACUGUAUAUAAACACAGAAUCUGACGUAGUUAAACUUUAUCAUCAUCUGAAAUCUGUCUUUUUAAUGUAAGUACUAUUGGAUAUUUCCUUGGCCGUAGUAAUGAGCAUACUUUAAUUCCUCCUCGAUUUCCUAAAUUUCCAGCUAAUCCAUUGAGAUCUUGUUACAAUAACACCAUAAGACGACAACUUUAGGCAAAAAAAUUAAAAAUGGUCAUAGAUGAUUGAGACAAUUUAAAUAAUAUUCUUGUAUGUCUGAUGACAAUCGCCUGCCCACUUGCUUACACAGAUUGAGGAGAAGGAGACAACGAAGCCUCGGGAUCUCAGCGACCCAGCUGCUGAGGUCACGGAUACACACACCAGGACGGGGACCACACCCGACGCCACUGCAUCGGCAGCAACAGAGGCUGACACGGUUCCCAGACCCUUCCCUAGAUUCAGGGCCUCCGUUGUGCCGCCCUCCCCGACGCAUAACCAUAGCACGUCCUCCGACCAUCAGACGCCGUCAAGCCCCCGCGCCCCCACCGGGACAGCAGAACUUCUCCUUCCAAACUCACCGGCCCUUGAGACGGAUCCCGUGUUGAUGUCUCGGGUCGAGCGCUCCUUCAGCGUGUCACAGGGCACAACGUCAACUCCUCGACAGUCCGCAGGAUCACUCCAUUCGUUGUCAAAAGAGGCGACAGCUGCCAAGGGUAGAUCGUCGCAGGACUACUUUACGCCUCUUCCGCAGGCGCACAUACCCAUCUGCGGCAUUGUGGCCGGCGGCGACAAGUGGACGCUGCAUCAGGUGUAUGCCUCUGUACACGCCAACAACUGUCCCAUCGUGGUUGUUAGGGUAGGUGAGACCCCGGGAAUCUGUGAAGACUCACGAUAAGCUUGUAAGUAGAAAAAAGACUUGCGUGCACUAAAACUCCAUCUACUGUGAGGCGCGAAUCCCGGUUGUCAGUUCGGGUGGCGGCUGGACGAUGACUUGAAGGUGAAUCAGUGUAUGGUUGUGGCAGACUUGCGCAGCGCCUCCCACACCCGCCUGGGCUCGGUGGAAGGACAGAGUCGGGACUAUUGGAGGCGGCCUCGCGCGCAGCGACUGACAAAACUAACCAGUCCGUCUGCGCAGGUCGCACAUGAUCUAGUCCCAACACAAUUAACCAGGUAGCCACAGAAUCAAGAAGUAGUCGGCUCGUAUCCCGUCUGAGUGGGAGAGCCAUAAAGGGGCCAUUGAGCCUGACUCUCAGUCCUCGGACCAGUUAUCUCAUUUGCACAAACAGCAUUGACCAGGAAGACCGAGAAACCCCCGUGAGGUGUCAGUCUUCCAAGUCAGAGCUUUUAGCUCGCAGUGAUAAAUUCAAACGCGUCGGCUUUAUUUUAGAUAAGAAUGUACUGAGUUGAUGUCGUGAUGGUGUCCCCAAGUCUCAGUAGCAAGGAUAAAGCAUGCGACCGGAGUGAGAAAAAGGUAAUUAAGUUCCGCAAGUGAUUUACUCACCAUGUAAACAACUUUUUCUACACAAAAUAAUUCUUGCUGCUAUGCCAGUGAUAUGCUAAAGAGGGUUGAUUGUGCUGUCAAACGCAGAGGUAGAGAGGUACAGUAGAUGGACUAGCUCAUGAAAUGUCGACCGAAAUUCAGAAAUACGUUUUCGUUUAGAAAAAAUCAAUUAAGUAGAGUUGUAAAACUAAUCUUCCUGCAAAGUAAUUCUAUAAUAAUUCAGUAAUCUCAGAAUGCUGGCUUUUGAACGAACUCAUUUCCAGCUGCAUGCGAAAACCAGACGCUGUAAAAAUGACUACUUACGUAGCAUGCAGUUUUUCUCACUGAUUUUCAAUACCCUUAAAGUUCAAUUAUAUUUCAUAGAAAACAUGCAUAAAAUUACUUAUUUUUUGCUCAUCUGGUAGGAACUUACGUCUUCUUUCAAUUUUAUACUCGAAGGAAGUACGUCAUUCGGUCUCAAAAAAGUUUCUUAUUGUGAAACUUUAAAUAUCUUGAAAUGACUGUUCAUGAACUGUCAUGUCUGCAUUUACCAAUGUGACUUGCAAAGUUAACAAGAUGGCUCAAACCCACUGCUAAAUUUUAUGAACUCCAUAUAAUCUCCUCUUAAUAACGUAGAGAAAUGUAUGGUUUUCCGUAUGCGGAAAUAGAUGGUUUGUAGUUUGGAAACCCUGGAUGCGAGUAGAACGGCAGGUCGAGUUCAAAAUUAUUCAGAAAUUGGAAAAGUUUAGGAAAAUCAACUUAUGCCUACUAAGGAAUUGCGUGUUGGAGUGCAGAACAAUGGGUCUAUGUAGACAUUUUUGCAGCACCACGUUCACGGGAAGUUUAGUUCAAAAAAUGUCAUCCUGCCGGGGUUUGAGCAGUUGACUUCCGCGUAUUAUUUUACCGUCGAAAAAGUUCCUUUACAGUUUUUGAAUUUAUUCUCAUUUUCUCUUGGUAAGAUGUGGCUAUGUAGCCCCACCUGAUGGAUGCAACUCUGUUGGGGUUGGAGUUAGGAGUUAGAACUAGCAGUUAGAGUUAGGGGUUAGGGGUUGUGGUUAGGGUUAGGGGUUUAGCGUUCGGAUUAGGGGUCAGGGAACUAUUUCUCAACCACUCAAAGUACAGCUGCGCAUUCCCAAUAGCUUUUCUUUUGCAUACAACUGCUUGAUCUCGUCGCUUUUGCGGUCCCCGGCUGCACGUGUAAAAACCCUUAUUAUCAUCAGUCCCGUAUUACAGGUGGCUAGGGUUUGUUUACUUCAGGUGGUGCUACAUAACCACAUCUGACUUUUCUCUUUCACGCUUUUUUAACUCCUCGUUCUGAGGCCCUACACGUAUAACCCGCUAUUGCAGUAUUCUCGUAAGACCCCGUCAUAUACAGUGAGAGACCGAUCUGAUUAAAUAUUGACCGAAUUUAUGAUAUGUGUUUUGAUUAGGGAGGCGGAGUUCCUAUAUUCGUUAUCACGCGACUUAAUCCUAUAAUAUUUCGGACUUGCCAGGAUGUUGGCUUUUGAAUGCACUUCUUUUCGACCUGCUACAGAAACCGCACUCGGUAAAAAAACUAUUACUUAAUUAGCAUGAAAUUUUCUCAUUGAUUUUCGAUAAAGUUAUAAAUCCAAAUAUAUUUUAUAGAAAGCAUGCACGAAAAUAUUCUUCUUUAUUAGUUUGAUAGAAAAUCACGUUGCCUUUUCGUCUCAUGCCAGAAGAAAGGGUUUAUUUAGGUCUUACAAAAGUUUCUUAGUGUGAGGUCUUUUAAGACCUACGAUGUCCAUUCACACAGCAUCGUGCCUGUCCGCUUAAAAAUGCUCCUCACGAAAUGUACAACAUAGUCCGCAUUCAUUGCGAAAUUUUAUGAUCUCCAUAUGGUAUAUUUUUAAAGACAGAGUGAAAUGUGCGAUUUUUCUUACGCGAAAAGGAUGCACCUUGUGGACUGAAGUCGCUAAGCGCUAGUGCAAAGGCUUAUCGAGUUUAUAAUUGUUCCUGAAUCAAGAAACUUUGUCUGCCAAACGAGGAAAAGAAAGCAUAUUUUCGUGCAUGUUUUCUGUAAAAUAUAUCUUAAUUUAUAACAAGAUCGAAAAUCAAUGUGAAAGUUUCAUGCUAAUUAAGUAAUCAUUUUUUACUGAGUGCGGUUUCUGUAGAAGGUAAAAAAGAAUUACAUUCAAAAGCAAACAUCCUGGCAAGCUCGAAAUAUCAUAGGAGUUUGUCGCAUAAUAAUAAAUAUCACAACCCCACUUAAGUAAGCCUUCCUAAUCGAAAACGCAUUCCAUAAAUUCGGUCAACACUGUACUUUGGCCUUGCCGUCCCAGUUAACCAACGCGUAGUGGCGUGUUGGUUUUUAGGUGGAGAUACCUUUCCACAGUCAUGUAAAACAUUUUCGAUUAAAAUUAUCGUCCAUGCACCAUACAUUUGCUACAAUGAGAGUGUUAUACCACGGGCACCUACGGGAGAAUUUACAGCUUGUACGGAACGAAAGAGUUUAAUGUGAGGCAGAAGUGGAUCCGCGACUGUUUGGACUCGGCUCGGACGAAAAGGCCUUGACGGCCGCGGCCUUCCCCAACACCUUCCGACUUUCCUCUGUUUCAGCGACCUAUACACGUUUAAUUUUGCUUUUAGACAGAACUGGCAGUAAGGGUAGUCUGCCUCAGUCAAUUUGCAGGAAAUCGACUCAGCGUUCAAAAUAAUUUUCAAGAAUGUAAAAUUAUAUUUAAUCUAAAAAGAUCACGAUUUACAGUCAGUGAACAGUCUCAUCUAGUGUUAGCCGAAAUUCUGAAGUGUUUUUCGAUUAGAAAGGAUCGUUUCGAUGGAGCCGUGAUAGUGAUCAUCUUGCAGCAAAAUCCCACGAUAUUUCAUUCACUUCAGGAUACAUACUUUUGAAUUAGCUCCCUUUCGACCGGCCUCAAAAUUCACGUUCGGUUAAAAACGAGUAAUUAAUUAGCACGAAAUUUUCUCACGAUUUUGAAUAACCAUAUAAAUUCAAAUAUACUUUAUGGAGAAUAUGCCAAAAAUGUCCCUUCUUGCACUCAUUUAGUAGCCGAUCAUAUUUUUCUCAAGUUAUAUGCCUGAACAUAGGUUAUAUUUAAAUUUUAAAAUUUUUUCGAUUCCUGAAUAAUUUUGCAUCUGAACUGUCGUUGUAUUAAUGUCUAGGAUUUACAGUCCACAAGCUGUAUACUUUUUAUGUAAGGAAAACCGUAUAUCCCUCUAUAACACUAAGAAUAUGCUAAUUUCGGCUCAUAACUUUUUGUAACAGACAUGAGCUACGUUGCGUACUUCAUAGGGCACAUUACUGAACGGGCAGAUACGAUGCUAUUUAAAUGGGAAUUUCAUAGUCCUAAAAACCUCAUGGUUUCGAACAUUUUUAAAAAUUUAAAGACUACAAUUAUUCGAGUAUAAAGCCAGAAGAAGACGUGAUUUUAUACUAAAUGAGCAAACUGAUGGAUGUUUUUGUUUACUUUUAUACAAAGUGCAUUUGAAUCCAUAGGGGCAUUCGAAAUCCGGGAAAUGGUGCACACUACUUAGGUUGUCGCCUUAUAUCGAACAUGGCUUCUGUAUGUAAGCUGAAAGUAGCUCCCUCAAAAACCUGCAUCCUGACUUGACAUAAAUAUGAUCAAUAUUACAGCUCAACUUAAGUACUCGUUCCUAGUCGAAAACGCAUUUCAACAUUUAGGUUAACGCUUCAUAAGACCAGUCACUGACUGUGGGUACUUCUCGAACCGUUGAUUGGACAGAGGUAUACGUUAGUAGAUGCAGUCGUGUAGACUGUACUUAUAAAGUCGGCCACUUCCUCCCGACUUGGAAACGGGUCGUAUUCUUUGCGGUUUAUUGGGUGUGCCUCAAACACCACUAUCAGCAAGACCAGUUCCGCUUGACGGGAAAAAAUCAGAAGAUACCAUAAAGAGACAGCCAUUCUGUACAGAAUCCUGAGCUGUUGUCUCAAGCAGCAGCAGUGGCCAUUGGCGAGGUCAGGGCGUAUGCUGGCGGCAUUAAGUCACGCCCAAGAAAAAGCCAGUCGGCUGUUUUUAUGGUUUUGAAGGAGCAGAUUUAUGGGUCUGUCGGAAUUCAUCAGGCAAGGACGGCUGUGGUCGUAGGAACGCGAUGGGGUGUGUGUGUCCCUAUGACAAUCGGUCGGACUGUAGGGUCAGCGUGUGUCUGGAGACGCGCCUUGGGAAACUGAGUACUGUUGACGUCGUAGAAUGCUGAAUAAAGAUUACAGAUCUUGCACUAAUGCUAAUCAGCCAUAAUAUCCCCCACAAAUGUUGAUGGCAAGAUACGGCAAUAGGAAUCACCCGUAAUACAGGCGGCUUUAGGCUAAACUCCGAAAAGGGUAACUAUUCCCACGUCCCAACUCUAGGCUUAGAGUUCACGCUAAUCUUAGCCCCAACUCACCCGCGGUUCCAAUCGUAAUAUUCCUGGAACCUAGCGCAAGACCACUCUGUAUUUCUGGGGGGUCUUCUUCUUGUUUUAUAUCAUAUCGAACUUCGAAAUGACGAAACAGUCAAAAAUUAACACCAGAGAACCCAGUCUCCUCACAAGAUUUUCCACAAAGUUCAAAAAUGGCAUUUUUUCCUGGUGGACUAGAACUGCUACUUCCCUUGUGGGCUGGAGUGAUAAUCUCGAUCUUAGAGAGGGAUGUGAAAAUUAAGGGGGGGGUUUGAAACUCCGGUCGGAUUUAAACGAUAAUUCAGACUAUAAUAUCCACCGGCCUUGUCCUGCAGCUAAUACGAAAUAGAAGCACUACUUUGUCUUAAUGCGGCGCCGCUGUCAAACUUGUGGAUGCGUCAUUUAGCCUGACCGUCCGUUAUGGACUCGUUUAUAGUCAGACGCCAGGGAUAAAUCGGAUAUGAAAUGCGAUGCCUUCCAAGGUCCGGUGGAUAAAAGCAUUCGCUAUGGCAUGACCAGCAAACCGUGGCCAUUGCAGCCUGGUAUGCGCUGGCAGUUUCUGACACCUGGGUUACCCUGCUGAUAGAUGUGUUUGCGCUCCCGCUGGGUAUACAGGUCAUGAGCAUGGCCGUUCCGUCAUCUUCGUCUUUCUGAUCUAUUCUAGUGCUGUUGUUGGUUAAAAACCCGGUCAAGUGUUUGCUGUGGACCAGGGAGUGUGGUGGUGCGCCUAGGUGUGGGUCCGGCCGUGCCAGCCAACUGCGCCCCCUCCCACCUCCGGUCUUCUUGACUAUGUCUUGACACCGAGCCCAGAUGUGGAAUGGUGAAAAGAGAGAGAGUGCAGCAGAUGUUGCGCAAGUCCACUCUCACUAUAAACUAGAGAUAAAUCGGAUAUGAAAUUCGAUGCAUUCCGAGGUCCGGUGUUGGAAGCCCCGCAUUCGGCAAGGUCGUCUGGGGAGCUUAUGGGAAUUCUAGGCGCUAAUCGGGAAGAUUGGUGGAGACAGUGAAUAUCUUUUCUGGCUGACUUCAUCCACCUGACUUACUCCACCCCCCUCUUCAGGCGUUGUAUGUAUGAGUUCUUCCAAAACAAAGCUGAGCCACUCUACAAUGUCUUGUGUGAGGUACUCGAACUUAAGUGAAGAAGAAGAGUCGAGCACCGGAACACUUCGUUUAUUGUCCUGAGCUUUCAGACUCGUACAGGAGUCCAUCGUCAGAGGUUGUGGCAACAACAGAACAAACGACCGUUAUAAAGCAUGUAGGCCAAUCAUCGACCGACGGCGCAAGACUGGAGGUGACUACGCAGGGCUCUGUACACCGGCGCCAAAUCGAUUUGCUGAGUUCUCAUCCGAGGCCCAGGCUUCAGCCAAUUCUUGGCCUAUUUUGUUUCCGGCGUAGGCAACUAUUUUGGUGGCUGCGAAGUUAAACUCGUGACCCAUUUCGUAGGUCUGGGCAGCCACUUGUGAUAGUGCGUCGUCUCGCCGCACACCCAGUCCAUAUUUGUGUAUGCGCGAUCCGAGCAUGCGUCCAGUCUGUCCUGUGUAGUUACAAGGACAAUUUUGACACGGAAUGCGAUACACUACCCCAGAUUGCUCUUCAGGUUUUAACCGGUCUUUGAUUUUCAUGACCCUAUUGCGCAUAGUGGCUUUGGGGCGGUUUGCAACUCCAACACGUAGCUCCGCAGCAAUGCGCUCGGUCGCUUCUGAAACGCCCUUGAUGUAUGGCAGAGAAUGCCAUAUCGUCGGUGGUGUUGAUGUUUGAGUCCUCUAAUGGCGACCGCGUAGGCAGCGACUUAUGAAUGCCCUCCUGUAGCCAUUCUGCACAAACUGGUCGCGGAAAUAACGAGUCUCACGUGCUACUACCUCCGACGAUGAACCCCUGUACGAGUCUGAAAGCUCAGGACAAUAAACAAAGUGUUCGAUUGCUCGACUCCUCUUCUUCCCUUAUGCAUCCACCUGGAACACGAAAUUUCGCCUUGAUUCGUAUUUGAACUUCUUUCUGUACCACAAAGAUGAGUUUUAUUCUCUCAUAAUUCGUUGUUCUCCCCCAGGGAAACAAAGUCCUUUGCACUUAGGCUAGCACCUGGUCCUCACCGAAACAACCGCAUUUCCAAUCCUUUCAGGUCUACCCAACUUAUUCGUCUUCUGGUCUAGUUCAUGGGUUAGAGUUUUUAGAAACUAUGUCACUGUGUCUAAAGGGUCUUCAUUUUAUGACAUUUUUAAUUCAGGGCAGUGGCGGAGCCGCGAACGCAGUAGCCAAUACAACCGACUUGCACAAUUUUGUGGCAAAUUUGGGGGAAGAAAUGACGGAUGAGGAGUUCAAUUACAAGUGGGUGUUGUUUACUCCUUGCUCUUUUCUUGCCUCAAUCCAUAAUUAUUUACUUCCUUGUGGGUAUUUUUUCAGUCACUCUCAAGCUUUUGUUAGCCUUCAGUGGCUUAUGAAUGCUUUACCUGGUAGAUGAAUUGUUGGGUACGAUAGAUUUCAUCAAGACCGCUUACUGGGUUAACUGGUCUUUAAAUUUGUUGAUUCCCGUGUGCAUAGUUGUUGCGAGUUGUUUGAGUUCAAAUGACCUCAACGAAGUUUGAAAUACGGUAACUACGUGAGUGAAGGGCUUUAAGGUAUGGGAAAAUUUGCUUUGUCAUGAUCAGCGAACCGUGGCUAUCGCAGCCUGGUUUGCGCUGGCAGUUCUCUGACACCUGGUUUCCCUACCGGUAGAUGUGUUUGCGCUCCCGCUGGAUAUAUAGGUCGUUCGCAUGGUUGCCCCAUCAUCUUCGUCUUUCUGACCCGUUGUAGUGCUGUUGUUGUUGCUUAAAAACCUGGUCAAGUGUUUUCUUUGGACUAGAGGGUGUGGUGGUACGCCUAGGUGUGGGUUCGGCCGUGCCAGCCAAUUGUGCCCUCUCCCGCCUCCGGUCUUCUUGCCUUUGUCUUUACGCCGGACCCAAAUGGGGAGACUAGGAGAUACUGGACAAGCCUACUCUCAUUACGAAUUAAUUCACGUGCAAGUCACCGUGCCUGCUCUCACCUUGCUCUGUAGCACACUGUGGACAUCGAACUGUCAUGUGAGUGAGGCCAAACGACGGAUAAGGCCACACACAUGUCCAAAUAAAUAAACUCUGCGACCAGCCGUCUGAGGUCACUGCUAAGCUUCGUCAAAUGGGUUCUUUCACCACUUCCGCAGCGACAAGACAAUUCUUCAAGCAGGGCGUAAGGAGGGUUUCGGGUCAAAUUAAACCCCGGAACCUGGAAAAUAAUUGUACCUGCCGACAUAUCGAUCUCUCGCCUGCGCACAUUGCUGUGCGCAGCCACUUGUCGACCUUCGCCACCAGCUGGUUAUUAAGUGGGAUGCCUCAUAUGCGGUUACCUAUUACGCUCUUCCUGUUUGUGACGAUGACCUCCCAUAACGGCCCAAGUAGACCUGCGGUUCGGACACAUGACAAGAUUCGUUCUUCGGUAGAUAACUAUCCAACUGCUAAUGAUACGGCACUUAUCUCGUUGCUGUAAUGAGCCAGCUACAAGCACGUCUACCUGGCCGAUUCGCAUUCUUACUGUUGUUUACUUUAGGCAGACGAUGAUACGCUAAUAGUAGCUCGACACUGCAAAUCUCAGGGUAAAGUGUCAAAUAUGUUGCGCUUACUAACACAUUCAACAUGCAAAGCGGUGCUUUUUGAUAACCUUAAGAAACAGCGUGUGCUUUUAAAUUCGUUUAUUUGAACUGACGGUAAUAAUAUAUGUAUAGAUUUCAGGAUCUAAAGACGGAAAUAGACUUCCUGUUGCGUCCAGAUAACUGUUUAUGCGCCUGCUUGAGAUUGAAAGUGGUGCCAGUUUUCUGUUAUUGCACAAAUGGGCGAGCGAGCUGUGAUUCUUGCAACCCACUUCAACAGCAUUAUUUUCAAUCCUCAAAGUGAAAUUUUAUUUUGAUGUGUCAUCCUGCAGUCCGCACAAGCCGGUCAGCUUCUUUCAAAUAUUAACUCUUACUCAUACUUACGUAGUAGUACUGUCUUAAAUAGGAAUCUUGAAUGUAUGACACUUGAUUUAUGGUUAGUGUACAAGGUUUGCACAGUCUUCGGGAAACAAGUUUCAUAUUGUUAUACGCUAGCUCAGGGGGCAGUAGUCAUCGUACCUCUGGGUUUGGAACCUAUAAAUAUUAUGUGGUAUAAAUCAACUCAAUAAACCUGGAGGUGAACGAAGUCGCUUGAACUGAAAUACACAUCGAUGUGGCCUGCAAAGGUAGACGGUCUUUACCUCCCAAGCGUAGGAGAGGAGAGUUCGUGAAACAUACACGUAAAUCCUCCGCGGGGAAAUCGCUAAUGAUUGCUGUCUUCAUAUGUCCUCUUACUAGGGCACGUGCUAUGUCAACUUGAAAAGAUAUUCUUAUAAAUAAGUCUUUCUUUUCUGCAGUUACCAUGGUGGGCCUUGCUGUGCCCCCCCCUAUAUUUCGGAGGAUAAAUCUUUCUGGGUAUCCGUUUUCGUGGAGUAUAUCUCGCAGCUGCUGGAGUUCUGCCUCAACAGGCUCAGAAGAGCAGAUACUUCUCACUGUAGCUGCCAAUCCCUGGACUAAAUUGUGUUUAAUAUUUAGGGGAACAAAACUGUGAAAAUUAACGUAUUGUCCCGUCCAGGUUUUUUUUCGGACUACCCCACGCAGGAUAGAUCCAUGCUCUUGUCCGUGCAGAAGAACAUCGAAGAACUCGAUUUCGUUGUCUGCCCCAAGCUGAAACAGUCUCUUCAAGGCGCCCCCUAGCUAGAAAUUUUUAAACGAAGAGCUAUGUAACUAUGUGUUUUAGCUCUCACAAGUACGCGGAUUCCUGCAGGAUCAUCUUGAAUAUGAACCAAUUCGUUUGUUUCCCCCACCAAAAGCACUCGGCUUUCGUGGGCGCCGAGAUGUCGCUGAUGAUGAUCGCUACUGCGGAAACUAAUUUUCUUUGAUAGGACUGGUUGACGAGGUCAAAAAUUCUGUAACAGAAUUUUAAUACACUAGUGAGCAUUUUUAAUCCAUUUGAGGGAAACAGACGAGCACACAGGUUGCUAUUAACUGUGGCUUCUGACUUUACCUCAACUACCUGUUUUGAGUCUGUUCAGCGUCCGUUCAACUGAUUGGUUGUUAUCUCUACUUCUGCCCUCAAGGAUUGCCAGCAUUUUGAGAGAGGUGGAUGAGGAGGCGCAGGGGGCUUUCUACAUGCGACAGACGAAGUCUGUUACUGUGGAACCGGCAACUCCGCAUUCCGCCUCACGUCUUAACAGUCCACACGCCUCCAGGCGCUCCUCUCGAGUCUCCCUCAAACUGCCCACUCAUCAGCCGCCACCCAAGCCAGCACCACUCAACGUGGAGGAAUUUCAGGGGGAGGUAAUGAUUCUGCGACGGUUGACGGAGGACUAUGGUCAUCUGGUCUCUAUUUUUGACAGUGAUGACGCAGACAUGGACAGCUACAUUAUUUCCGCCCUUCUUAGCAGUGGUAGGUCUGAAACUCCCCUUUAUUGA